AUGCCUCCAAAGGAGAAGUACACUGACCCUGAGCUUCGAGACCAAGUCAAGGAAGAGGUCAAAGAGUCCGACAAGGGUGGCGCACCUGGACAAUGGAGCGCACGCAAAGCACAGAUGAUGGCGUCCGAGUACAAAAAGCGCGGUGGUGACUACAACACCGAAAAGUCGCAGAAGGACGAAAGUCAGAAGAAUCUUACCAGGUGGGGCGAGGAAGAUUGGCAGACCAAGGAGGGCUCCGGCAGUGCGAAGAAGCAGGAUGGGACCGAGAAGAGAUACUUGCCAAAGAAAGCAUGGGAGAAGAUGACCGAGGAAGAGAAACACGCCACCGAGGACAAGAAGCAGGAGGGUAGCAAGGUUGGCAAGCAGUUUGUGGAAAACACAUCGAAAGCGAAGCAGAGUCGAAAGAAGGCCAACAAGGAGGCUGAGGAGAAGGAGGACAAGACGAAUGAUGGAGAUGAAGAUGAAGAUGAUGAUGAAGGCAACGAGGACCAGCAGUCUGACGACGGCGAGGAGAUUGAUGAUGACGAAGGCAACGAGGACCAGCAGUCUGACGACGGCGAGGAGAUUGAUGAUGACGACCAGGACGACAACGACGAGGUUGCUAAGAAGGGAGCAGACGAUGAUGCUAACGACCCCGACGAUGCUGCAGACGACGAAAACGAUGCGGAGAGCGCUAAAGCUGGUGACAAGAGGAAGAAAGCCAAGAGCUCCAAACAGUCUGCUGGCUCUAGAAAGAAGCAGAAAUCGGGAGUAAAUGGUCAAGGCGGCAAUGCUCCGCCGGGCAAGGUCGGCAGCAAGCAUAUGGACGCCGAAGAACCGGCACCUCGCGGCUCCGCAGAUCGUCUACCUAAGAAGGGCCAGAAGAUUGUCUGGAAAGCCAUGCCCGGAUAUGUUGAUGGCGAGGUUACAGAAAUACUUACUAAGGGCAAGAAGGUUGAUAAGAAGGACGUGAAGGCCAGUAAGGACGAUCCUAAGAUUGUUAUGAAGAGUAACAGCAGUGGGAAGAUAUGCGUGCACAAGCCUGAAGCUUGUUUUUAUGACUGA